GUGUGACUCUACCUUUCAGAUGAGAACAUACCAUCAGGUGGCGCAAAGGGAUGUGUUAUGAAUAUGUAAUAUUAAAGUCAUUAACGUAUUUACAUGGCAAAAGCGGCAUCAUUUUUUAUUUCUAUUUUAAGGAACGAGAAGCAACGAUCACCCGAUAGUAUUCACCAGGCAAUUUAAGCAACGUUGCGGUGACAGGAUCCAUAUGGCGCAACGUGGGGGAGAAAUUGCACUGAUUAAUGAGGCUGGCUGGACGCUGAUUCCGCUGAGCGCAUCGCUGUCACCGAUCCCGUCUUUCUCAGGGAGCGAAUCUUUUCCACCGCGCGAUCGUCUGUCGACUGCAAGGUGAUUAUAUCCCUCCUCGAAGAUGGAGUCCGGGGAAAGGAAGAGGAGGAGGAAGUCGCAGAGCUUUAAACUGGUCACGGAGGAAGAUUUUGCCCCUUCAUGCGUGAUGAAUUCCAACUGCAACGACGCAAAUGGAGACCCGAAGGAUGCCGCUGUUCCUGAUGUUUGGCUAGGGGACGAGGGCGUGGAGAUCAAGAGGCAAAUCACAGGAAUGAUGAGGCUUCUGAGUGAUAAGACCGGCAGGGUAUAUCAUCGUGUGGUAAGAGAGCAGGACAGCUUAACAAAGGACCCUCAGGAAAGGCAUCAGACCUGGGUACAUCAGCCUGCAAUUUCAUCUCUUGUGUCAGAGGACCACCAAAGCAACCGCUGGAUCUCUGCAGGGGACCCGGGGCCUGCACCCAUAUCCACCCCCAUCCCCAAUGGUCCAAGUUGUGGCCAGUACGGCACUCGCUCCAAAGCCCUGAAGGUCCUCAACAAUACCAAGGAUCCGAACAAAGUGAAUGAAGCUAAUGUAGGUCUCGUCCCUUCUGAUGCAACAGAAGCCCCCUGCUGCAUGUGUAAUUGUAAGGGAACCUUACAGGCUAUUUUGCAGGAACUGCGUUCCAUGAGGAGGCUGAUGCACACGCAGAAAGCAUCCUUGGAAAGACACGGAGGGGCAGCAUCGUCGGGCCAGCCUCGUCUCGGUCCGGGCCCCUCGCCUCGCUGUAGGCCCCGCAAGAGGAGGCCAAUCUAUAAAGUGGCGCCACCGAAUGUUACCAGACCUAGAAGAGCCGCUCUCGGCCCCCUGCAAGCAUCACCUCUUACAGCUGUACAUGCAGAAUCUGGAAAGGCGGAGGGAUAUGAGAAAGAUCACGGCUCCUCUACUCACGACAGCCUUUCUGUCUCGCCUGAGGUUUCUGUUCUGCCACCUCAGGAGGAUCCAGUAGCUAUCGACGGCAUUCACAAUCCUCUGCCGAAGCAACUAAAGGAACAGUCGUUGGAGUCCGAGGUGCGUCUUGCAGAGGAUCAUGAUGUGUAUAUCUCAAAGGCUCAGCUAGACUCCAUUCUACUCAACUAUACACGCUCAGGCAGCCUGCUGUUCAGGAAACUGGUGUGCGCCUUUUUUGACGAUACCACGCUGGCUAACUCCUUGCCAAACGGUAAGAGGAAGAGAGGGCUCAAUGAUAACCGUAAGGGCUUGGACCAGAACAUUGUGGGCGCCAUUAAAGUGUUUACAGAGAAAUACUGCACUGAACAUCGAAUAGAGAAGUUGCCCGGGCCACGAGACUGGGUCCAGAUCCUCCAAGAUCAGAUCAAACUUGCCAGGAGGAGGCUGAAAAGAGAUGCUGCAGAAGCAGAGGAAGUCUUAAAUGGACCCUCCACAAGUACAAACCUCUAAUUAAAAUGGCGACUAACAGACACACACACAACUCCAAUCCAGGCUGUGACUCUAGGAAGCCUGCAAGCGGGAAGGGGACGGUCGUCAUCAUGACUGGUUGAUUCAAUGGCUGCCCCCCUGGCCUUACAGCAUUUGUUAUUUGUCUUCAUUACUUUGCAUUUUGCCACUUUACAUUUGUCCUUUGCUGCGCUCUUCUAUGGAUGUAAACGGCAAAAAAUAGUACCCAAUGACAAAGAAGCCUGUUUAAUGAUUCUCUGUCUCUUUCGCAUACAGCUUCUGCAGCUUUUGUGGUCCUUCUUCAGGACAGAUACUGAGAUCUGGGUUCUAAUACCAAAAGACACUAACGCAUACAGGGGCUAAAAUAUAUUGUGGCUUAUUGUUUACAUUGUAGGCUACAGCUUUAACUUGCCUAGUUCUCAUAUGUCAGUACCAGGAGUUGCAAGUCUUAAACAAGAAAACGUAGACAACUGUUUUAGUAUAGCAUUCGCACACUUAGCUCGAAUUGCUUUUUAAUUUCCUUCCUAAGUGACAAAUUUUUCAAUGGGUGUAACGUGUAGUGCAGGGUCAACCUUAUAUACAAACAUUACAUCCAAAAGGAGAUUUACGAUGUAUUGUAGAAUAGGCUAAGCUCGAAGAAUAAAGCAUAUAAAGUAUUCAUCCGCCGGGCCGCACUGGACACCCCCGGCGGGCCGGAUUUGGCCCGUGGGCCGCGAGUUUGACACACGUCCUCUAGGCCAUGCAUAUCUAUUGUUAUAUUAUCACUAAUACUGUGGUGAAUUAGAUUUUUCAUAACAUUGUUGCUUUUUGUGCACAUAACACGAAUAGUUUCCACCAAUAAAUAUGGUUUCCUGGCCA